UAUACAGCAAUCAGAAAAGCAAUAGAUUCAAAAAUAAAAGAAGGUAUAUUUAUUGUAUGCAAAGAAUAUGCGCAUAUACUUCAAUUUACACGUUAUGUACAAUAUUUAUCGCCUUCGUUAGUGAGACGAGAUAAGGAUGCCUGUUCCAACAAAAAUUUACGCGUAAAACAUCAUAAAAUCAAUUAGAGCAUACAGCCCAGGUAGCAAGCUGACAUAAUUAAAUAAUUAAAUGACGUCAUUUUGUUACCUGGGAAAUUGGUCGAGUAUGAGGCAGGUUACCGUUUAGUUUGUACAAAUGUAUCGGUUUCUCGUCGCUCGCGAAUCUCAUCUCUAUUCGAUCUCCGGUUCGAAUCCGUCGACAAUUCAGAAACAUUCUGUUAUUGCGAUCACAUUUUUCUGCCUGUACGACGUGUGAUGAAGAAGCGUGAAAAAUCGGCAAAGGAGCCAGGCAAAUGGCGGCAGUUUAUCUUUACGGUGAUCAUUAAUCUGUCGUCGGUGCUCUAUGGAUUCUUUGUUGGAUGGCAAUCACCGGCAGUUCCGCAACUCCAGAAUCCAGAAUCGCCGGCCGUAGGAGGCAAACCUGUGACGGAUGAAGGUAUAUCCUGGAUGAAUGGCAUUAUGUUUUUGAUUGGUAACUUUAUGAUAAUGCUGCUUGCGGUGAUACCCGACAAGUUUAGUCGAAAGAGAUUCGGUUACGUUGUAACGUUGCCGAUCACAAUUUCCUGGUUCUUGAUCAUCUUCGCCACCGAACACAUAUGCAUCUACAUAGCGAAAGCUAUAAGUAGUAUCACCGGCGCCUGUCUGUUCUUCUUGGUCCCGAAUUAUGUGUCGGAGAUCUCAUGUGACAGCAUCCGCGGUACAUUAGCAAGUAUGUUCGGAACCAGUCUACAUUUCGGGAUACUGCUGGCUUACAUCUUAGGCGGCAUGAUGUCCCUGUAUAAUCUCGCUGUGGUUGGCGCGAUUUUGACCGCAUUGUACGUCAUCGUUUUCGCCUUUAUGCCGGAAUCACCGGUCUACCUGGUACGCCAAAAUCGUAUGCGUGAAGCAAUUAGAUCGUUGAAUUGGUUGAAAGCUGGAGAUACUGUAGUCGCAGAACAGACAUUGUCGCAUCUACAAUUGGAAGUUAAGGAAGCCGCAUGCACAAAAGCCGCCAAGCUAUCGGAUUUAUUUAGAGACAGAGCAACGAUAAAAGGACUAAUUAUCAUCUUGGGUUUGUACGGUGGUCAACAAUUUUCUGGAAUCUUUGCGGUGAUCAGUUAUGCGGAGAGUAUUUUCAAAAUGUCCGGCAGUUCAUUAUCGCCAAACAUGUCAUCCAUCAUAGUGCAAGCUAUAAUGCUUCUUGGUUCAUUUCUGUCGACGUCUUUAAUGGAACGUGCGGGUAGACGGCCUUUGCUUUUGAUAUCCUGCGCGGCAAUGUGCAUGUGUCAUUUUGUGAUCGGCGCGUUCUGCUACCUCCAAAAGUUACAAUAUGAUGUAUCCGUUUAUAAUUGGAUACCAAUCACAGUACUGUCUAUCUUCAUGAUAAUGUUUGCUCUGGGAAUGGGCAACGGACCAGUCGUGAUAAUGUCCGAAAUAUUCAGCCGCGACGUGACUAGCGUAGCCGUGACUGUGGGUUCUAUCAUGUGCUGGAUUUCAAGUUUUAUUGUAGUGAUGACCUUUGCCAAUCUCAUCGCUGUACUAGGUAUACACGGCUGCUUCUUCUUCCUUGCCGGCUCUUGCGCGUGCAGUUUCGUGUUCUGCUUCGUAUUGGUGUCGGAGACUAAAGGACGGACGCGCGAAGAUAUUGUUGAAGAGCUCAAUGGAAGUGGGCGGUAUAAAGAGAAGAAUGUUAAGCGUGUCAUCGAGGCGGACUCGGUAGAUGAGGCACUUGUGUAAAAAUAUUAUCCGUGUAUAUGUAUAUAUAGAUAUAUAUUGAU